AUGGUCGUCGCUAUCGCAGACUGGCCUAAACUCAUCCAGAAUAUCUACCAUCAUUUGAACCCUGGUGGCUGGGUUGAAUUUCAGGAAAUGGGUGAUUUGUACUACUCAGAGGACAACACGUACACCGAGGAAUUCGCUGUCUUCAAGUGGAACAGAAAGUACCUCACGGCAUUCGACUCUAUGGGACGUACUGCGCGCCCUGGUAGUCAGGUUGAGAGUUGGCUGCGUAGCACAGUGUUCGAUAAUGUCAAGUCUCAGAAGUUCAAGGCCCCGAGUGGGCAGUGGGCCAAGGAUCCGCAACUCAGAGAUGUGGGUAUGAUUUGUCUCAGUCAGCUGCUCGACGGUCUCGAAGGCUUUACUCUCAAGCUCUUUUGUGGGUUCUUGGGUAAGACUCAGGAGGAGGUGCUUGUCAUGCUCAGCCAUAUGCGCAAAGAGUUGAAGUCGGGGGCAGCUCAAAUCUUGGUCAACCAGCACGUCCUUUAUGCACAAAAGCCACCGAUGGAGGCGAAAGAUACUAUUGCCUGA